UAAGAAUAUGAUUGCAUUCUCUUUUAGAUGGGGUUUGCAAGACGCCAGACUGUAUCAAAGCAGCUGCACGGAUCCUGCAGAACAUGGACCCCAGUGCCAGGCCCUGCCACGACUUCUACCAGUUCGCCUGCGGGGGGUGGCUCAGGAGGAACGUCAUCCCCGAGACCAGCUCCCGUUACAGCAACUUUGACAUUUUGAGAGACGAACUGGAAGUUGUUUUAAAAGAUGUCCUCCACACCCCCAGCACCAGCGACAUCCCGGCGGUGCAGAAGGCAAAAACUCUCUACAGGUCCUGCAUAAAUGAAACUGCCAUUGAUAUCAGAGGAGGAAGGCCUCUAAUUAGUUUAUUGCCAAAUGUGUCUGAGUGGCCUGUAGCAACAACUGACUGGGAUGCUUCCUAUGGUACUGCUUGGACAGCUGAGACAGCUAUUGCACAGCUCAACUCCAGAUAUGGAAAAAAGGUCCUUAUUAAUUUUUUUGUUGGCACAGACGAUAAAAAUUCCACAGCACAUAUCAUGCACAUCGACCAGCCGGGGCUGGGCCUGCCUUCUCGGGACUACUACGAGUGCACUGGUGCAUACCAAGAGGCAUGUUCUGCCUAUGUUGAUUUCAUGGUUUCUGUAGCUGAACUAAUCUUAUAUGAAAGAAAUAUUUCUGUCAAUGAGAGUGAUAUUUUUGCACAAAUGACAAGAGUAAUGGAGCUGGAGAAAGAAAUUGCCAACGCAACAACAAAAUCUGAAGACAGAAAUGAUCCACUUCUGCUCUACAACAAAAUGACCUUGGCACAACUCCAAAGCAACUUCUCACUGGUAAUCAAUAAUAAGGUGUUCAACUGGUCAGAAUUCAUAAAUGCUAUCAUGUCAACUGUCCAAAUCAACAUUGACAACACAGAACACGUCAUCGUUUACGACCCUGACUACCUUCUCAAGCUCAGGUCUAUUCUAGGGAAAUACUCUCCCAGGGACCUGCAGAAUUACAUGACCUGGAGAUUUGUGAUGGAUUUUGUCAACAGCCUCAGCAGGGAGUACAAGGACACCAGGAAUGCUUUCCGUAAGGCCCUGUACGGCACCACGUCCGAGGCGGCCGCCUGGCGCCGCUGCGCCAACUACGUCAACGCCAACAUGGAGAGCGCCGUGGGCCGGCUCUACGUGCAGGAGGCCUUUGCUGGGGACAGCAAACACGUGGUUGAAGAAAUGAUUGCAGAUAUACGUGAUGUUUUUAUAAAAACCUUAGAUGAACUUACCUGGAUGGACGCAGAGACCAAAAAGAUAGCAGAACAAAAAGCAAGAGCAAUUAGAGAGAGGAUUGGUUAUCCCGAUGAGAUCGUGACAGAUGACGACAAGCUCAACAGUGAGUACCAGGAGCUGAACUACAAAGAAGAAGAAUACUUUGAAAACAUUAUUCAGAAUUUAGUGUUUACCCAGAAGAAAAGGCUGAAAAAGCUUAGAGAAAAGGUGGACAAGGAGGAGUGGAUAAGCGGAGCUGCUGUUGUCAAUGCUUUUUACUCAGCAAGCAGGAAUCAGAUAGUCUUCCCUGCGGGCAUUUUGCAGCCUCCUUUCUUCAGCGCCUCCCAGCCCCGCUCUCUGAAUUACGGCGGCAUCGGGAUGGUCAUCGGGCACGAGAUCACCCACGGCUUUGACGACAACGGCAAGAGUUUUAACGAGAAUGGAGACCUGGUGGACUGGUGGACUGAAGAGUCAGGAAGGAAUUUCAAGGAGCUGUCCCAGUGCAUGGUGUACCAGUAUGGGAACUUCUCGUGGGACCUGGCAGGUGGACAGAACCUGAGUGGAAUCAACACACUAGGAGAAAACAUUGCCGAUAAUGGGGGUGUGAGACAAGCAUACAAGGCCUAUGAAAACUUUGUGAAGAAACACGGAAAAGAAAAGCUUCUUCCUGGUCUCGACAUGAACCACAAACAGCUGUUUUUCCUGAACUUUGCACAGGUGUGGUGUGGAACGUACAGACCAGAGUAUGCAGUGAACUCCAUCAAGACAGACGUGCACAGCCCAGGCAAAUUCAGGGUCCUGGGAUCACUGCAGAACUCCCCGGAGUUUUCAGAAGCCUUUUCGUGCACCACGAGGGACAACAUGGAUCCUGCCAAGAAGUGCCGCGUCUGGUGAGGGACUGCAAACCUCACCUCUCAAGGAGCUUUCCAGGAAAAGAGACCUUCCAGUUGAUUUGGAGAAGGGCAGGAGGGAAGAAAAGGGAGGGGAACAUGCUAGGGACAGGGCUGUAAUCCUUGGUAAACAUGCAAACCCCGAAUAUCACCCAUGACAGCACCGGGAAGGACUGAGGCGGUGCCGGGAGCCCCCAGGAGCUGUCACCUGGCAGUGCACAGCCCCAGCUCACCUGGCAGUGCACAGCCCCAGCUCACCUGGCAGUGCACAGCCCCAG